CUAUAGUAGAAAAAGAAAAGAAAAUUAUGCCCCUUUUGAAGUUCUUUAUAUACUUGAGCUUCACCACAACCAUUUUCACCUCUCAAAGAAACCUUUAGAACCAUUUUUUUUCCUACUUACUAGAGUAUCAAGAAAGUAUGGCUUACCAAAACACCAAUGGUUGCAUUUCUGAUUCAAUUGAAAUUCUUGAUCCAAAACCUCUUGCAGUAGUAGCUUCUGGUGUUGUUCAUCCUCCUAUUGUUGCAUCUUUCAAUGAUAGAAUUCGUCCACUUCUCGACUGUAUAGACAAGCUCCGCCAUCUCAACAUCAUGCAAGAAGGUAUCCAGCUCCCAACGAUCGUAGUAGUCGGAGAUCAAUCUUCUGGAAAGUCCAGUGUUCUUGAAUCCCUUGCUGGGAUCAGUCUUCCUAGAGGACAAGGCAUUUGCACCAGGGUCCCUCUUGUUAUGAGGCUGCAGAAUGAUCCAAACAUCACAGCACCAAGUCUUCAGUUGGAGUACAAUAACAAGUCACUCCCUGUUGAUGAAAUUGGCAUUGCAGAUGCUAUCAUUCUUGCUACUGAUGAGAUUGCUGGACAUGGUAAAGGUAUAUCUAACUACCCUUUAACAUUAGUAGUUAAAAAAAAUGGUGUCCCUGAUUUGACCAUGGUGGAUUUACCUGGUAUUACUAGAGUUGCUGUACAAGGUCAACCUGAAGACAUUUAUGAGCAAAUUUACGAUAUUAUUAUGAAAUAUAUAGUCCCUGAGGAAAGCAUAAUCUUGAAUGUGUUGUCAGCUACUGUUGAUUUCCCUACUUGUGAGUCUAUUAGAAUGUCUCAGAAAGUGGACAAGACCGGGGAAAGGACUCUGGCUGUUGUGACAAAAGCUGAUAAAGCCCCUGAAGGGCUGCUUGAAAAGGUUACCGCGGAUGAAGUGAAUAUAGGGCUUGGCUAUGUUUGUGUGAGGAAUAGAAUUGGGAAUGAGUCUUACGAAGAAGCUAGGAGUGAUGAGGAAAGGCUUUUUUCAACUCAUCCACUUCUGUCGAAGAUUGAUAAAUCGAUGGUUAGUGUUCCUGUUUUGGCACAAAAGCUGGUGCGUAUUCAAGCAAGCAUCAUUUCAAAAUGCUUGCCUGAAAUUGUGAGGAAGAUCAAUGAUAGACUUGCUGCCAAUCUUGCUGAACUCAACAGGCUUCCUCAACAUCUAACUUCUGUAGCUGAAGCUCUAACGGCAUUUAUGCGCAUUCUGAGUUCAUCAAAGGAUUCAUUGAAGAAAAUUCUAUUAAGUGGGGAGUUUGAUGAGUAUCCUGAUGAAAAAGAAAUGCACUCUGCAGCUAGAAUUGUUGAAAUGCUUAACCAAUACUCUAAUGAGCUGCAUACCAAGAAUUUUGAGAGAGUGGAUGAAUUCUUGAUGGAAGAGAUCAUGGUUUUACAGGAAUCAAAAGGGAUUGGAUUGCCCAACUUCCUUCCUCGAGGUGUUUUCCUCAAUGUUUUGCAGAGAAAAGUGAAGGAAAUUGCUGCCUCUCCAGAGGAUUUUGUGGGGAAACUGUGGAAUUACUUAGAGCGAGUUGUAAUCAUAGUUUUAAUGCAUCAUUGUGAGAACUAUCCACAGCUUCAGUCUUCUACUAGAAGAGCAGCCCAAAACUUGAUUGCCAAGAAAAAGAAUGAAUCAGUUGAUUGGGUAAGGGAAAUCAUCGGGAUGGAAAAGCUGACUGAUUACACUUGUAAUCCUGACUAUUUAACUACUUAUAGUAAGUUCAUGGCUCAACAACACACGUUCAUGGAGAUUAUGAAUGAUCAUGGGAAGUACUCCGUGAUAAGCCUUGAAGGGAUAGGAGUAAUCGACGUUGGUCAUUUGAGGAAGCAUCUAGAUGUGGUGCAACAGGCUUUCGAUUUGAAGAUGAGAAUGAUGGCCUACUGGAAAAUUGUGCUAAUGAGGCUGGUGGAUUCUAUGGCCUUACACAUAAUGUUCAGCAUUCGAAACAUGAUUAACAAGGAGAUGGAAAACGAGAUCAUACAGGAUCUGAUGGCACCGCAUGGUGGUGGAAUUGAAAGAAUGCUUGACGAGUCACCUUUGGUUGCUGAGAAACGCAAUAGGCUCAAAAAGAGUGUCAAGCUUCUCAAGGAGUCCAAAGAGGUGGUGGCUAAUAUCAUGGACAGGAUUUCACUUCACGAUGAUCAUGAAAGGGACUAAGGUUAAUAUGUGAUACUAAUGAGCAGGGCACUCUAUUUCCAUUCAGCCAAUGUUCCUAAUAUCUUGUUUAUCUCCUAAUAUCAAACUACCAAGUAGACUAGUACUAUGUUGGUUUUGCAAUAUGUCUUUGCCCUUGCUUGUAUAUAAUUUUCGUAUUUCUUGCUAUUAGCUAAAUGCAAAUCCAGUUACUUUUUUGUUUCUGUUUU